UCGCGAGCCCGACGGCCGAGUGAGCGGCGCGAGAGCUUCUCGGAAAGCGUUUUCCUCGUCACCGCGGGCGCAGAUCGCGCUGACGAAUCCGCGACGUCACGUUAGUGACGCGCCGCUCGCGAAUCUUAGUGCUAGUAUAAAAACGCAGGUGUUCGCGCGCCGCGUCCCCUAGUGUCCGAGACGUAGCGCUUGCAGGGACCACGACAAGCUGGCGCCUCGCAAUGAAUACAUGGACUCCGACCUGGACGAGUCGGGGGAGGACAGCAGCGUGCCCGCCGAUCCAGAGAAAUGGGACCGCAUGGACGUGCUGCGCUGCGUGCGCUGGGUGGCGCGCACGUUCGGCGUGAGCGCGCCGCGGCGGCACCUGCUGCCCGACUCCGGCCGCGCGCUGCUGGCGCUCACCGAAGAUAACUGGCUGCAGGUAUGCGACGGCAGCGAGCAGUCGGCGCGCAUCUACCACGCGUACCUGCGACACGCGCACGCCGGCGCCACGGGGCAGCCGCCGCCCGAGCCGCUGCCGGAGCACCAGGCCUCCACCAGCACACCCACGCCUGAAUAUAAUCCGUAUGGCGCGCUGAGCGGGUGCGCGCGCGGCGCGGGCGGGCAGGUGCAGCUGUGGCAGUUCCUGCUCGAGGAGCUGGCGGCCGGCGCGCCCGGCAUCUGCUGGGAGGGUCCACCGAACGAGGGCGAGUUCCGUCUGUCGGACCCGGACGAGGUGGCGCGGCGCUGGGGCCGGCGCAAGCAGAAGCCCAACAUGAACUACGACAAGCUGUCGCGAGCGCUGCGCUACUACUACGACAAGAACAUCAUGAGCAAGGUGCACGGCAAGCGCUACGCGUACCGGUUCAGCUGGGCGGGGCUGGCGGCGGCGUGCCAGGCGCAGGCCGCCGACGCGCCGCCCUACUGGCACUACCUGCCGCCCGCCGCGCACGCGCACCACGCCCCGCACACCGCGCACCCUGCACCCUCGCUCCCGCCGCCCACCACCAGCGCGCAGUAGCGCUACGACACAGCUACGACGGAGAAAGUGCUACGCCGUAGCGCGUAGCCAGUUACGUAACACGACGAUAUAUGGCUAUUCAAUUUGGUGAUAGUGAAAUGUUGGUAGUGCGAUAUCGGUGUGUAUCCAGUAUGUACCAGUGUAUCGUAAUAGGUUCGUGAUUCCUUCAAUGUUCGCAGGUAAGAGCUACGGAAAAGUACUUUAACUUGAAAUCACGAGACAAGAAACAAAUACCUAUUUUCAGAUUUUCAACCUCAUUUUAGUUAUUAUCAUAUCAUAUUGUACCAUUUCAAUUUUUUUUUGUUACAUCGUCUAUCAAAGCAAUCAAGCAAUGGUAAUGUAAAGUGUAAAUAAUUUAAUAAAUCCAGUGAUGUACGUAGUCACAUAAUAUGAAUAAUCUUCGUAGGUAAUAUUGUGUGCAAUCACAAAUACUUGUGGUAACCGGAACGAUUGUAGUUAUAUACUAAUUACUCAGAUCUUAAAGUAACUCAGACACAUCACAUUGUAUUACACUCUAAACGUGUAGAAAUGUUAGUGUUAUAAAAGGAACAUAGGCAAGUAGUUAGGUGGUUAUGUUAUUCCAUGCUUUUGUUAUUGUUGUCGUCAUUGUUAUUAUAUGUACACGUGCUUGUGAGCUUCUCGUGUUAGACAAGAGUUUUAUGCAUUUUGAUUUUCCUUUCUAGCAAGUAAGCAUAAAUAGUGGUUGCUACAUCUGUUAUUUUCUGUGUAGAAGCUAUCUUUACACUUUUACCGAAGUUGCUUUCAUGAAAAUUACGUUACUUCCGUCCGUAAGUUGCAAGAAAUUACUUUAUGUGACUUACGAAGAGGUUUUACAUUUGCAAAAUCAUAAGUUGAUUACGUAACGUAAAGGAAAACAUUUCAAGGAAACCUGGACUAAGACUGAAAUCACCCGCGUUGAGCGAGCUGGUGAUUAAUGCUUAAUCCUUCUGCGUGUGAGAGGAGGCCUGUGCCCAGCAGUGGGACGAUACAAAAGGUCGAUGAUGAUGAUUGAUGUAAACUGCUAUGUGAAUGAAACUUACGAUGUAUUUCUUUCUACUUCAUUAUCUUAUCAAGUUUAAGUUUAAACUUUCAUUUGAAUAUUGAAACCCUUGUUACUUAAUUCUUUAAAAGCCUGAACGGUGUUAAUGUUACCUUUCCUAAUUCUACUUACUUUUAUAGAUAUUAACUAUUUCCUUACUUUAGUAUUGUAAGACCUAGCUGUAGCUAUUUAGUAGGACAGUUUGUCUGUGACACAAAUAUAUGCAAGUUUUAUUUCUUUACGCGCUCAGUAUUCUCUUAACUAGUUUUACAUUGUUAUAUCAUGCGAUCAAUAUAUUAUGUACAUAGUACAUUCCUGUGUAAUACAUAGGUAAACGUGGUGAGCAUAUCGCAUGUUUUUUUUUGUACUUUUGUCUGUCAAUUAUAUCUUUGUUCUCCAUCUCCAUAUAAUAAUCAUUAUCUGAUUAACAAUAUGGUUUAUUCACAAAAUAUUUACAUUAAUAUAUACAACUUAAAACUAAUACAGUGCAUCAAAAAAUUGCUCCUCAUCGCUGUCACCGGGUAAUGUACCCAAAAGGCUGGCACGUUGGAUGGCAAUGCUCAACCUCUUCGCGAAAUAAAAGCCAAGUCUUUGGGUCCCAGGCGCUGGGAAAUAUCCCUGGCAAGAAGGCGGGCGCUCAUUAUCUGAUUAUUUAUAGCCUGCAUUCAUUCAUUAUUCUUUUAAUGUUAGCUGCUAGUGAAGACCGAGCACAUAUUAGGUACUCUUAAACAGUUGUACAAUACAAUUCAAUAACAUCACAGUAAUAUGCAUUUUUUGCUUGUUACGGCAUAAUGUAAGCACUAGCACGUAAUUAGGAAUAGGUUUCAUAAAAUAACGUCACAACCAAUUAAGUAACUAUUUUUAGAGUAGAUGAUUAAGGCAGAAAUGUUGAUUAUUUUAAUGGCUUUUUUAUUGUUAAUGUAUUAUUAUGCUCCAGAGUCAUUACUUGAGAGAUAUUAACUACUUGUAAUAUUAUGAUCAAAUUGUAUAGCAAAAGAACCAGUAGUAAAGAAAUGAGGUUCUUAAGAACUUCCCCUGAUCAUUCUGUUUAAGUAAGUAUACGUCGUUAUGUGCCGCACUGUUUAAUGCUGAGCAGGUUAAUGAUACAUUUCCCUAGCUAAAAGCAACAAACAAAUGAACUUGUCAACUUGCAUAAUAAUACUAAAGGUUAGUGGUUGCUACAUCUGUUAUUUUCUGUGUAGAAGCUAUCUUUACAAUUCUUAUUUUUAUGUAACUUUUUUUAAACAUUGUUUAGUUUAUUUGUUUCGCAGACUGUUUGUGUUUUUUCGUUUGUUUGUCUAUGUUCCUAGACUAUGAUGGGCAGUUUUUUCACAAUCCAACUCCAAUUGCCGAAAUCUAUCAAUGUCUCGAGUACUCAUAAAUUUAGUUUUAUAAUAAUAAAUACUGUUUGUACGAUCGUGAAAAAAUUGUGUUAGUGUUCGGCCGCAAAAUAUCAAUAUUUGCACAUACCUACUUCAUGUAAAACAAUGUAUGUUUGUUGUGAACUUUGUAUAAAAUAAUAAAUUCCUCUUUAUAUAA